UCUGAGUUCCUCCAGCAGAUUGUUUGUUGCUGAUGAAAGGAUUAGUAUAGAUGGGUAUUAAGGGCUUGUUUCUGUGCUGUAUGACUUGAAGACUAAGUCCAGAUGGAUACCAGGAUGCCACACAUGGGCCACCUGCAGUUCUCCAGGAACAAAGGGAUGCAGCACAUUAGCAGAUUGCUCUGUGCUUCUCCAUGAGCAAAUCAGGAUGUGGCAGUGGGAAUUUGCACCUCUUCUGCUGGACCAGUUCUGCUGGACUCCUCCACCUCCCACUCGCAUACUUUUCCAUUAUGAGCAGAGCCCUUCCUAAAUUGUGCAAGAUCUGAUUUUGGGGAGAAAAACAAAGACCACAGGGACCAGCCAAGUAUGAUUCGGGGUCUGUCCGCUCUUGGUCUAGAAGUUGAAACAAUGUCGGUGGAGUCUAUCAGCUAAGCUCUGCACCAUUGUUUCCCCUGGUGUCCUGAAGGGGGAGGUUCAAGACUCUCCUGCCAAUAGAGGGCACCAGUUUACCCCUCACAGCCUUUGAACAAAACACCCGCCCAUAUCCAACAGCCAAACAUCCCUGACGGCUUCAUUUGUCAGGGGGCAGCAGUCUGAGAGUGACACGUUCAGGUGAAAGCUCCUCGUGGGUUACCAAGGACGUUUGUGCAGACUCAAAGUGGCGGGGAACAGCCUUCCAGCUGUCAGCGUAUAGUCAUAAGGUUGACUUUCUGAAAUAACGCUAGGACGUCAAAACCCACAUCCAAGAUUCUGAAGUAGGAGAGCAAUUAGACUGGGCUACGAGAAAGCUGAGGAUACCUCAGAGAAAACCUCACUGGCUGAUCAAGAAGAUAUGAGGAUAAUAUUUAUCAACCGACCUCAGCUUGUAAAAUUUUGUAGUAACCAUGUCAGCACUGCAAAAUAUAACCUGCUUACUUUCCUGCCAAGGUUCCUGUACUCACAGUUCAGAAGAGCAGCCAAUUCUUUUUUCCUGUUUAUAGCCCUUCUCCAACAAAUCCCUGAUGUUUCCCCAACUGGUCGUUACACAACAUUGGUCCCACUCUUAUUCAUUCUUCUUGUGGCAGCGGUCAAAGAAAUAAUAGAAGAUAUUAAAAGACACAGUGCUGACAGUGGAGUGAAUAAGAAAAAGGCACAAGUGCUGAGAAAUGGUGCUUGGGAAAUUGUCCAUUGGGAAAAGGUGACAGUGGGGGAGAUUGUGAAGGUGACCAAUGGGGAGCAUCUCCCAGCUGACCUCGUCAUUCUAUCAUCAAGUGAACCACAGGCAAUGUGUUACAUUGAAACUUCUAAUUUAGAUGGAGAGACAAAUCUUAAGAUCCGGCAGGGUCUACCCCAGACAGCAGACAUAAAAGAUAUUGAAAGUUUAAUGAAUUUUUCGGGCAAACUUGAAUGUGAGAGUCCGAACCGGCACCUAUAUGAUUUUGUUGGCAACAUUCGAUUUGAUGGAAAAAGCACAUUCCCCUUGGGCCAAGAUCAAAUUCUUUUGCGAGGUGCUCAAUUAAGAAACACGCAGUGGGUUCAUGGUAUAGUAGUUUAUACAGGACAUGAUACAAAGCUCAUGCAGAAUACAACACAAGCUCCACUGAAGUUGUCAAAUGUGGAACACAUCACAAAUGUGCAAAUCCUCUUCUUAUUUGGUAUUCUCCUGUUCAUAUCUUUGGUAUGUGCCAUUGGUUCUACAAUUUGGAAUAAAAGACAUGCUAAAGGAGUCUGGUACCUUCACUUCAGUGACAGUGGAGCCUCUUAUUUUGGACUGAACUUCUUAACUUUCAUCAUCCUCUUUAAUAACCUGAUUCCAAUCAGCCUCUUAGUUACACUAGAAGUUGUAAAGUUUAUCCAAGCAUUUUUCAUUAAUUGGGAUAUUGAUAUGUUAUAUGAACCAACCAAUACUCCUGCUAUGGCAAGAACAUCCAAUUUAAAUGAAGAACUGGGACAGGUGAAAUAUAUAUUCUCAGAUAAGACUGGAACUUUAACCUGUAAUGUUAUGGAGUUUAAGAAAUGUACAGUAGCAGGAAUUGCUUAUGGUCAUUUUCCUGAUCAUGAGGAUUUUAGAUACUCUGAAGAUUGUGGGCAAGGUGAUUCAUCAAAUGGAGAAAGUGCAUUUCAAGAUCUUUCUCUGCUGGAAAAUCUUCAGGGCAAUCAUCCCACAGCACCCGUCAUCUGUGAGUUUUUAACAAUGAUGGCAAUUUGCCAUACAGCAGUACCUGAGAGGGAUGUUGACAGGAUAAUCUACCAAGCCUCAUCUCCAGAUGAAGGAGCACUAGUAAGAGCAGCAAAACAAUUGGGCUUUGUGUUCAGUGGACGAACCCCGAAUUCUGUCAUUAUAGAAGCUCUUGGGCAAGAAGAAAAAUAUGAACUGCUCAAUGUUCUUGAGUUUACAAGCAACAGAAAACGCAUGUCUGUGAUUGUCCGUACACCAUCAGGAAAGUUGCGGCUUUACUGUAAAGGAGCGGAUACAGUUAUUUAUGAACGGUUAUCUGAGAGUUCACGAUACAAGGACAUCACUUUGAAACAUUUAGAGCAGUUUGCUACAGAAGGUUUGAGAACCUUGUGCUUUACGGUUGCUGAAAUUUCAGAGAUGAUGUACCAAGAUUGGUUGGAAGUAUAUCAGCGGGCUGCUACCGCACUGCAGAACAGGAUACUCAAGCUUGAAGAGAGUUAUGAACUGAUUGAAAAAAAUUUGCAGUUGCUUGGAGCUACAGCGAUUGAAGAUAGACUACAAGACAAAGUUCCUGAAACGAUAGAAACAUUAUCCAAAGCAGACAUCAAAAUUUGGAUUCUGACGGGAGACAAACAGGAAACCGCUAUUAAUAUAGGCCAUGCGUGUAAACUUCUGACGAAAAACAUGGGUCUUAUGGUUCUAAAUGCACAUACUCUUGAUACAACGAGGGAAAUGCUGAGCCACCACUGCAAUACUCUGGGUGAUGCAUUGCGCAAGGACAACGACUUUGCAUUGAUUAUUGAUGGAAAAACUCUCAAAUAUGCCCUGACAUUUGGAGUGCGACAAUCAUUUUUGGAUCUAGCAUUGUCUUGCAAAGCUGUCAUCUGCUGUCGAGUUUCACCUCUACAGAAGUCAGAAAUAGUUGAGAUGGUGAAGAAACAGGUGAAAGUUAUAACACUAGCAAUAGGUGAUGGAGCAAAUGAUGUGGGAAUGAUCCAGACAGCCCAUGUCGGUGUUGGAAUAAGUGGAAACGAGGGUCUACAAGCAGCAAACUCUUCUGAUUAUUCUAUUGCGCAGUUCAAGUAUCUGAAGAACUUGCUGCUGGUUCAUGGAGCCUGGAACUAUAAUCGUGUAGCAAAGUGUAUCCUGUACUGUUUUUACAAGAACAUAGUCCUGUACAUUAUUGAGAUCUGGUUCGCUUUUGUGAAUGGCUUCUCAGGACAGAUUCUCUUUGAAAGAUGGUGCAUUGGUCUCUACAAUGUGAUUUUCACAGCUUUGCCUCCCCUGACUUUGGGAAUAUUUGAGAGAACUUGUCGAAAGGAAAAUAUGUUGAAAUAUCCAGAGCUAUACAAAACGUCACAGAAUGCACUGAACUUCAACACAAAGGUUUUCUGGGUUCAUUGUUUGAAUGGCCUGUUCCACUCGAUUAUUCUGUUUUGGUUCCCACUGGAAGCCCUCGAGCAUGACAUUGUAUUUGGAAAUGGAAAGACGCCUGGCUGCCUGCUACUAGGAAAUAUGGUUUACACAUUUGUGGUGAUUACUGUUUGUUUAAAAGCUGGUUUGGAGACCUCAUCCUGGACCACAUUCAGUCAUGUGGCCAUCUGGGGCAGCAUUGGAAUGUGGGUGGUGUUUUUUGCAAUCUACUCAUCACUCUGGCCGGCGAUUCCAUUGGCUCCUGACAUAUCUGGAGAGGCUGUAAUGUUGUUCAGCUCCGGUGUUUUUUGGAUGGGCCUGUUCUUCAUUCCGAUUACCACCCUUCUGUGUGAUGUGCUUUACAAAGUCAUUAAGAGAACUUUAUGUAAGACUAUGGUGGAAGAGGUGCAGGAGCUGGAAGCCCAGUUUCAGGAUCCAGGUGCAGCUGUAUAUGGCAAAAGUUUAAGUGAACGAGCUCAACUCUUGAAGAAUGUUUUUAAGAAGAACACUUUCAACCUGCACCGUUCCAAUUCAUUGCAGCAAAGUUCAUUACAUGGUUAUGCCUUUUCCCAAGAUGAGAACGGCAUUGUGUCACAAUCGGAAGUGGUCAGGGCCUAUGAUACCACCAAACAAAGACAGGAUGACUGGUAAACACCUAAUACAGGAACCUGAAUUCCAAACAAGUACUUUCGACUAAGAAUGGGACUUCAGACUUUGAGAUACCCAACUUUGAAAAAUCAUGCUGUAAAAAUCUUGCAUGAAGAGGUUGGAUUUUGUGUUUGAUGAAGGGGAGAAGUGCUAAUCAGUUUUGUUAUGUACUCGAUAGACACGAACACUGUGGAAAUCCAUCUUAGUAUAAAUUCACUGUUAGAAUGCCAACACAACACACGUUAACAACUGGAUUGGCUGGACUUGAAAUUUGUCACUUUACACUUAAUGGGCUGACUUUUGACAUUAUUUUAAAAUAAGUACUAUUAUAUAUAAUUUAUUAUUUCUUAAUUUAAAUUCUGAUUGUUAUGAGACAAUUUAAUUAAUGUCUUUAUUACAAUACAGUACUAAUUCUUAAAUUUUACUGUUCCACUUAAAAUUGAAUGAGCACUGAUUAAACCUUUAUAUAGAUUUACCACUUUUUUUUUGGAUAUUUAAUACUUGUUGCCAUUACUCAAACAGAUAUUUUGAGGCAUUAUUUUUUGUGACUGCCUUAUAGGUUCUUCAUAUAGAAUGAUUGAGGAAAAUACUUACUGCAAAAUUAAAAGUGACAUACUCAUGUGCCAAAUAAAUCUAUAAAAGCAACCCAGGUGAUUCUUUAAAUGGUCAAGGCACUGAAUAAAAUGCAGAAUUACUAAGAAACUAUUCAAAUGCUAAAACAGAGUUUAUUGAAAUACAGUGUUAAACAUGGUACUGGUGCUACUCUUCUAAUUGCCAUUAUUUGCCAAAAGUAAAGUUGAGCUUUGGUCACCAACAUGUAAUCACAUCAAAUGUUAGAAUUUGCUGUCAGCCCUAUUCUUCAGUGUACUGUCAUAGGAAUGGAGCAAGUUUCAAGUCCUAUUUGUAACUUUCCUUAUUCACUCUGAUGAGUGUAAUUUGCACAUGCAAUGACUCGUUGAAAAUUUUGACUAUUGCCUUUUUGGCACUUGCUUCUGAACUUGUCUAUCUCAAAUUAUGGCCUUGGAUAUGCUUUUCUCUUUGCCUAAUAUUCAAAUUAAAUUUCAGAGUGAAAAAGUGUUGUAUAUUCUGUGCCUGGCUACAUCUACUGUAUAUGCUUGUGAAAUUAGUGACUUUCUAAUGGAUUUAAUAUUCAACAAACAUUUCCAAUGUUUUUAAUUUCCAAAACAACAACCUUUGCAUCCCAAGUAAGACAGAGUGCAGGAGAGAGUGUUUUUGGUAUGUAGUACUUUUACAUAGCUAUUGUUUUAAAAUGAUUCUGACUGGGGAGAAAAUUUCUAUAAUUCACAAUUUUAUAUCCAUUGAAAUAGAAAGUUACUACCUUGAUGUACUUUUUUCCUUUUUUCCUCCUCUGUCUUGCAGUUUGCCAUGGACAUAAGAUCUUGUGAUUAAAGAGAAAGGAUUAGAUAAAAUGCUGACAUUAUUUUGUUACUGAACACCAUCUCUAACAGGAUCAGCAAGUUCUAUUUUACAUUUACCUGGAUUAUUUAAUUACAUAUUUAGACAUGUCACUUUACAACAAUUUUAAUUUCAUUCAUUUUUAAUGAAUAUGUAGCCAAUUCUAGUUUAUUUCUGAAGCUGAUUUUCAAGAUUUUUUUUGUUGGAUUCAUUUCAGCAUUAUUAUUGAAUCAUGGAAAACAAUUCCAUGUCACACUAUUUCUAACCGACUGUCAUUUGGUUUAUUUCCUACUGCAAGUUGAAUUGAGUUUACCUAUAUUAGCAAUAAUUAUGUAGUUAUCGUACUUUAUGUAGGCCUGACAACCAACGUGACCUGCAUGUAGGAUUUUAGGUUUUGAUCUCCUGGGAGAACAUCCUAUCAAGUUUAUUCACAUACAUUAGUAUGUUGCUUUCUUUGCACUUAACUGCAUUAGCUGCAAUAUACAACCCAUAUUUCAAAAACUUUUGUUAGCAUUCCAAUCAAAAUUCGUCCUUAAUAAAUUAUUAGUUAUGAUAUAAACUACACACACAACGUAAAGGGCAUUUUAGUAAUCCAGUUUUAUCAUUGACUGUUCACCACAAAGCAUCUAGAUUUGACUCUUAAUACUGAAUAUGGAAGUGGAUUUUAGCAAAUAGUGAGGUAUAAAGGUAAGAACAAUGGAGCAAACUCAUACAUACGAGUGCAGUAUUCUGCAUGUUUUGCAAUGUUCUAGUCUCUAAACUGAGCAAAUCAAUGUAGAACACAAAAGUAUCAGAAAGAAAUAUUUAAAAAUAUGAUUUGAGAAUCCAGUUUCUGUUAUCUCCAUUAUUCAUCCUAUGUGCCAUGUGUUUGUCAUAAAAAUCCUUGAAUGUUAAAAAUUGGAGGUUUCAAAGUAUGUAAUUGCUUUGUGGUGUUUUAGUCAAUGAUAGCUGUUGUCUUUCUCCUCUUUGAGAGGUGUGUUGUGUAGUCUGUAUGGUUUUCUUGUCUGUAUCGUUGUCCAGCUGCAUGAGGUUGAGUAUUACAUGUAUAUUUUUAGUGCACGACAAAUGUUCUGAUCUUGCUACUCCUACUGUGCAAGAUUAGAAACAAAUGAUGCAAAUUAAUGAAAGGUUACACCAUCCAGCAAAUUUCAUUUGGUAAAGUAAUCGUGUGUUCCUUCGCCAGUUAUUGUGUGUAUUCAGUUUUGGAAUAAAACUAAGUUAUUUCAUAUAUUUGGAUUUCACAUCGACUUAAUAUCUGUUUUGUUCUGUCAAAGGUUAUGUCUAGUAGAAAACAAAACCUGUACUUUGCUUUACAUAGCCUUAAGACCACACAAUCAAAACAGAUGUAAAUUAUUCUUGUGCAUUUUAAAUGAAUUGAGCAUAACUACAAAAUAUCAACUUUCAAAUGAAUAUCAAAUUUCAAAUGUUGCCUUGACUAGUUUGUUUAAUGUGACGAGGUGAUAUUUUUUAAAUGCAUGUUCAUUAGUAAUAAGUAAACAGUUUGCUUUCCCUUUGUUGCAAGUCUUGUAUAUUAUUUAAAAUGAAUUUAAUUUAACAUUGGAAUUUGCCUUGAAUGUUGUGUAAAGAAGAAACAUAUUCUGAACAUUGGGUUAGGAUUUUUCUGCCAGACUUCCAGAAUGAUUAUUUUUCUGUAGUUUGGUUUUGCACUGCAUGAAUGAUGACCUUCAAAUUCAAUGUUCAUAGUAUUCCUCAGGUUUAGUUUUAACUUACAGUAAGGACAUGCACUGUGUUUUGUAUUUUGUUCUAAAUCUUAAGUUCUUUUUUCUCUGUUGACUUACCCUUGACUCUUGUGAAUUGCAUGGUGGCAGUUGCAUCUCUUAAAUGUUCUGUCUUUUGAUUGUCAUAUGGAUCACAUAAUAAAACUAAAUUUACAAAC